CAAAUGGAUAUUAUAUGUAACCCACCUUCUUCUUCACCUUUGGCCUUGUUUAUAAAAUUUCUCUCCUUAAAGCUAUACGGAUCAAGGUGAAAACAAAAACCUAAUUCAAUAGCAAUAAACACACAAUUAAUCCCAAGGUUAAUUUCAACCUUCAAAAUCAAGAAUUCUCACCAACACCAUCAUAUCAUGAGUAGCUCUAGCUCUAGCUCUGGCUCUCCUUGCGGAGCUUGUAAGUUCCUCAGGAGAAAAUGUGCAAAGGGAUGUGUGUUUGCUCCAUACUUUUGUCAUGAACAAGGAGCUUCACACUUUGCAGCCAUUCACAAGGUUUUUGGAGCUAGUAAUGCUUCUAAAUUGCUCUCUCAGCUUCCCACUAGCGACCGCUGCGAAGCAGCCAUUACAAUCUCUUACGAAGCUCAAGCUAGGCUUCAAGAUCCCAUCUAUGGCUGCGUCUCUCAUAUAUUUGCUCUCCAGCAGCAGGUUGUGAAUCUACAAGCACAGCUUGAGAUUCUAAAGCAACAAGCCGCACAAAGCAUGAUGUUUGCUGAUUCACCAUCAUCAGGAAACCCUAGUUGCUUUCAUGGAGACACUACUAAGACUACUUCUUAUCAUCAUGAUCAUCGAGAACAUCAAGAUAUUUAUCAUCAUCAUGAUCAGACCCAUCUAGUUAACCAAAUCGGAAGCUUAGGGACCGGUCAGCACGGGAAUGCGACGGCUAAUAGUUACCUCAGCGAGAACUCCUCCAGCUUUGGAGAAUUCUCUAUCUACCCAGAAUUAGAACAACAGUUGAACACUUUCAAUCAAGAUCAUCUCAAAGAGCUCCAGUCAGCAAAUUUUGGCUACAUAUCGUUCUCGUGAUGGCUCUAUUGGAACAUGGGUUGUUUCUUAUCAAUAUCUCAUAUAUAUAGAAUAUAUACAUACCUUAUAUAUGUGUCAAGACUUUUUGAUGGUUUUAGUGUGGAUUGUUGAUGUUGCCUAGCUCCAAGAACCGGCUUUGUAAUCAUAAAUAAAGAACACUAGAUGCCCUAGAAAUAUGUAAAGAUCAUAUAUAUUCAUAUCCUCAAGAUGCUUUUAGAGUA